GCAAAACCCUCCUGUUCCCAUCUCGUCUUGUCCACCUCACUGACUGCUGCCAUGAACUUUGUGGCUCCUCCUGGCUAUCAGCCAGUCUAUGGUCCUAGAAUUCCCUACCUGGGGCCCAUAUAUGGGGGCCUGAGGGAAGGGGUGUCCAUCUACCUCCAGGGGUCCGUUCCUGAGGACAUUACCAGAUUCCUCAUCAACCUGCUUUGCGGAGAGUCUGAGUCCAGCGACAUCGCCCUCCACUUCAACCCUCGAUUUGACGGCUGGGACAAAGUGGUCUUCAACUCUUGUCAGAAUGGAUCGUGGGAGUCAGAGGAGAAGAUCCGCAGUAUGCCCUUCUGCAAGGGCCAGGCCUUUGAGAUGGUCAUCGUGGUCACUUCGCAAGGCUACCAGAUCAAAGUCAACGGGAAUGACUUCCACACCUUCCAACACCGAAUCCCUGUGGAGAGAGUCUGUGCGAUGCAGAUCGCCGGAGAUGUUUCCAUCCAGACGAUUAAUGUCAUAGGGGGCGGAACGGGAGGAGGCAUGGGUGGAGGAAUGGGAGGAGGCAUGGGAGGAGGAUACCCAGGAGGCAUGGGAGGAGACAUGGGAGGAGGAUACCCAGGAGGCAUGGGAGGAGGCAUGGGAGGAGGCAUGGGAGGAGGCAUGGGAGGAGGAUAUCCUGGAGGUGGCAUGGGGGGUGGAUAUCCAGGAGGCAUGGGAGGUGGUAUGGGGGGAGGAUACCCGGGAUCAAACCUGCCGGGUAUGGGUGGGCAGCCAGUCUACAACCCUCCUGUGCCCUACUCCAACAUGAUCCCAGGGGGGAUGUUCCCUAAGAGGACCAUCGUCAUCAGAGGCAUGGUGCCCUAUGGAGCGGACAGGCUUAGCAUCAACUUCAUGGUGAGCAGAUCCCGGGACAUCGCUUUCCACAUGAACCCCAGGGUGAGGGAGGGGAUUGUGGUGAGAAACAGCAUGAUUGGAGGUAACUGGGGCCAGGAGGACAGAGAGCUCAGCUUGAAUCCCUUCAUGGAGGGACAGUACUUUGAUAUGUCGAUUCGUUGUGGGAACCAGAGGUUUAAGGUGUUUGUGAACGGGCAGCACUUGUUCGACUUCUUCCACCGCUUGCAGUCCUUCAGUGAGAUUGACAUGCUGGAGAUAGAGGGCGACGUGCAGAUCUCCUACAUCCAUUUCUGAGACCGCACACAGCAAUGCACCGAUGUAUUGAUUAUGUACAUUAUUCAACUGUUCCAUGUUUCACGGAUGUGUCAGCCACUUUGUUGUUCAUCCCCAGUUCUUAAUAUUCCUGCUGUGUGAUCAUAAAUCUUAAUAAGACAAAACGUCACCUCAUCGUCCGCUGUACUGUUCAUAUCUGGUUAACUGAAUCGAUAAACGUGUCGCUAACGCAGUUGAUAUGAAUGAGAUUAAUACUGACAACAUGAAAGCUCAGGAAGAGAGCUCACUCAUGAAUGAACACAUUUAUUUCUUAUAU